CGGCAACGGGACGGGCCGGGAGGCGGCGGGAGGACAGACAGACACGGAGAAACCGAGGGACGGACACAAGGACGGGGGGUGCGGUGCGCCCCAGAGCCAAGCCCGAGACCCCGACCCGGACGGAACCGGAACAACCCCAAGGGACCCAUCCCGGAGAGGCCGAACCGAAACUUCCCGGGGAGCCCGAACCGAACUUUCCCGGUGCUCCCGGGGACCCCGAACCGACCCACCCGGAGAACCCGAACCGACCCUUCCCGGGGUCCGGACCCGCACCGGAUCCAACCCGGAGACCCUGAACCCGCCGAUCCCCACCGGUCCCCCGCCCCCGGUGUUCCCGGCGCAUCCCAGCGCUCCCGCGGGACCGGGAGCCGCCGUCCCCGCCGGGAUGGUGGCCCCCGCGCUGCUGGCGCUGGCCCUGGGCGCCCUGGGUGUCGUGGCAGUGCCCCCCGAGGGUCCCCUCGUGUCCCUGUCAGCCCCGGACCCCGAGCCGAAGCCAAAGGAGCCGUUCAACGUCACCUGCAGCGUCGGGAGCGCCGUCCCCGUCACCAACAUCACCAUCACCGCCAACAACCGCACCUGGCCGGUGACACUGAGCCAGGACGGCCACCAGGCCACCGCCACGGUCACCGUCACCAAGGAGGGCAGCGUCCAGCUGGGCUGCACCGUCCACGUGGGCAGCAGGAAGGUCCAGACCAGCACCACCCUCCAGGUCUACUAUGUCCCCGUGCCGCUGCUGGACGUCACCAACACCACCAUGGCUGGCACGGAGCUGAAGGGAAACUGCUCCCUGCCAGCCGAUGCCCUCAGUGACAUCCAGGUGAAGGUGCAGGCCCGUAAAAGAGACCUGGGGGAGUUUCAGAAGCCCCCGGUGCCCUUCAGCGUGCAGGUGCAGGAGGAGGACGCGGAGCAGGGGCUGGAGGUGACCUGCGUGGCCGAGAUUACCCGCUUCACCCCGAGGAAAAAAUCCCAGCGGAUCCGUGUGCUGGUCAAACCACGGCUGGACAUCGAGCGCUGCCCCCCGCAGCAGAACUGGACCGAGGGGCAGGAGGGGAUCCUGACCUGCAACGCCACGGGCACACCUGAGCCGCAGGUGUGGUGUUCCAAGGACGGGAACUCCCUCAAGCCCGGGACCAGGCAUCCCGCCGACCGCGCCCACGCCGGGACCUACCUGUGCCGGGCCAGCAGCGAGCUGGGGACAGCCGAGCGCAAUGUCACCGUCUGGGUGCAGUAUGACGACUCGUUCCCGCUGCUCCCGGUGCUCCUGGGGACGCUGCUGCCGGCAGCCGCCCUCCUGGGCCUGAUCGGUUUCCUCCUCUACUGCUACAACACCAAAAUCGGCGAGUACUGGCUCUGGAAGCGGCAGCCGCCGCCGGACGCGCAGCCCCUGCGGCCCCGGGGCAGCUCCCCGGCGGCUGCGGCCGCUCCCAACGGAUCCGCGGCCCCGUAGGCGGGGAGAGGCCCUGGAGCGGCCGGGAGCCCCUGCCCGUCCCUCCGCCGCGGCCACCGAGGGGACAGCGACAGCGGGGACCGGCCAGAGCCAGCGCGGUGGAUGCGGCUCCAAGGCUGGGAUGGACUGGGAUGGACUGGGAUGGACUGGGAUGGCGAGAUCCGGCCGGGCCCCGGCGAGGAUCUCCGGGGUUCGCUCCAGUUUUUAUCCCUCGAGUGUUUUUGGGGGUGGAUUUGGUGACUUUGGAGGUCCCGGAGCUCCGGGCGGAGCGUCUGGGUUGAAUCCCGGGGAUUUCGGUGCUGGCGGGAGGACAAGGAGCAGGAGGGAGGGGACAGAGAGGCGGCAGUGACACGUCCCACCAAUAAACGCUGCAGGUGACAUCCA